AUGGAGAUAUCCUCCAGUAGUAGCAUUAGUUGCUUUGAUUCCGCUCUAGAAUAUCUGGACUGGUUCAGUGCGACAUUCCGAUGUCUGGACUGUGAUGAUAUCAUUGACCUGGUGGAGCUCGGAGUGAGAGUACUACAAAGCUUUGAUCUGUAUCUGACAAAGUGUAGGAGGAGGAGGAGGAACCUUGAAACCUGUUUGGAACAAGAUGAGGAAGAGAAGGAUGUUACUUCUUUCAGAAUUCAAAACCUGAUUAUCAGAAGAAUGCAAGAUCUUGAAUUUGCUUGCAGCGAACACUUGAUUCAUUCUCGUUUAGAUGGUUUGACUCAGAUCCGAAGUGAGCUCACCAGAUUCCAGGUAGCAAUCAAAUUGUUUUUCGAGACAUAUAUCAAGGAAUCGUGCAUCAACUUUCUGUUGGAGUAUUACUGGCUGAGAGAUCCGGAACUAGUUAUUGAUUUCGUUGAUUCGGCCUCAAAGACUCUGGCGGAACUUCCCAUAUACUGUUUCAAACACCUUGUAAAUAAGCUAAUGUUCAUGAAGAGUUUCAUUCGCUUUGCCAUGCUUCGCGGCAUCAAGGGUCAGCAAUUGAUAGAUCUCUUGAUUCACGCUGAAGUGGUGGCUAUCAAUGCAUUACGCCUGGCCUCUAUAUGGUGCUUUGACAGUGACAGACAUAAUGGAGAUGUACAGAAGGAAAUGAGACUUCAAAUUUCUCGACUAAUACGUGAGAAGAUUAAUCCUGGUGAUCCCCAGGUCCGAGAAACUUACAUCCAUGUCUUGACUGCUGCAAAGUUAUCAAGAUCAUCAGAUAUUUCAGAUCUGGAGAAGAAUAAGCAUCCAGUAGCUGACUUUAUGGAUCGUCUCGUUCACAAUAUUAAGGAGCUGCUGAAAUCCUGUACCAAUAUUCUUGUUCCGAUUAUGAAUCAAAUGCUAAAACUCCUUGAGGGGCUAAGAUUCCUGACAAUCCUUCUCAAGCAUCAGGAGAAGUUCAAAGAGCUAUGCCAUGAAAUGAAGAAUCUUAUUGGAGUUGUGGCCUGUGAUGCAGCGGUUGUAAUUUUCUCUCUUUCUGUGAAUCAAAUCAAAGAAGGUUUGGCCAAGGAAACCGAUCUUGCUCUUUUUCAUUUGCUUAAAGUGAUUAAGUUUUUAAGGGCAGAAGUUACCAAUCCAGUAACAUCAUUCUCGCCAUUUGGUUUCCCUAGGACCAAUGAGAUGGGCUCUGUGGAUUUUCUCCUUGAAAAUCUGAAAGAACUAGAAAUUUGUAAUGAGGCUGAUGAUUCAAUUGCAUUCCCGAAAGAUCAAAUCCACACAGUCCUAGAAGAUCUCGUAUUCUUAAGAUCUUUCCUUGUCAAGAUAGCAGACCAGCGCAACUGGAAUGGAAAACUCCAAGCUCUUUGGAGUCGUGUUAUGGAGGUUGCACAUAGGGCAGAGUUUGUCAUUGACUCUAUUGUGGUUGGUGAUAAACAUGAAUAUUUGGAAAGAGUUGCCAGAGAUAUCCAGCUUUUGAGGACUGAGGCCUUUGAAACCUAUGAUAGCACAAAGCAUGACUGUGGAGCUCAGAGAACUAACCAGAAAUCUUUCCGCAUUGAGUCAAAAUGUAGCACCCCAGUGUUGAAUGAAGCUCUAGUGGGUCUUGAUGAUGAGGUAAAGACAAUUAUUCAUAGUCUUACCAGGGGUUCAAAGCUGUUGGAUUUUGUUUCAAUUGUGGGUAUGGCUGGACUUGGUAAGACAACAUUGGCCAAUAGAGUUUACAAUGAUCCAUUAAUUUUGAGUUACUUUCAUAUCCGUGCUCAGUGUACUGUUGCUCAAGUGUAUAACAUGCACAGUUUGUUAGUUAAGCUUUUAUGUAGUAUUUCUUCUAGAAGUCCGGAUGAAUAUCUUGAGAUGGGCGAAAAUGAUUUGGCUCACAAGCUAUACAAACUUUUAAAAGGAAAUAGGUACCUCAUUUUUCUGGAUGAUAUGUGGGAGAUUAAGGCAUGGAAUUUGGUGAAAAGUUCAUUGCCCAAUGAUGCUAAUGGAAGUAGGAUUCUCGUCACCAGCAGAAUUCAAUUGCAAUUCAAACCUGAUAGCAAGGCUUACCAUCUCCGCCACCUUACUGACAAUGAGAGUUGGAAAUUGCUGCAGAAAAAGCUAUUUGGCAAAGAAGGUUUUCCUCCAAUACUAGGUAAAGUUGGAUCUCAAAUAGCAAAAUUAUGUAGGGGCUUACCUCUCACAGUUGUUCUGGUUGCUGGAAUUCUUGCUAAUACUGCAGAAGACUGCUGGGAAGAAGUUGCAAAGAGUCUAACUUCCAGUAUUGUCCUUCAUGAUGAAUACUGUAUGAAGACACUUGAGCUGAGUUACAAUCAUUUACCGGAUGAUUUGAAGCCAUGCCUUCUUUACUUUGGUGCAUUUCAAGAAGACGAAAAUGUUCCUGUCCGAAGGUUGUUAUGGCUCUGGAUCUCUGAAGGAUUCGUGCGAAAGACUGAAGGAAAGAGAUUAGAGGAUGUAGCAGAUGACUACUUGAGGGAUCUGGUUGAUAGAAGUUUAGUUAUGGUUUCCAAACAAAGAAGUACGGGUGGUGCCAAAGCCUGCCGACUUCAUGAUCUGGUACACGAGUUUUGUGUGAAAAAGGCCAAAGAAGAAAACCUUCUACAUAUUGUGCAUGGUCAGAGUGGACGUUUUAUUCUUACCGGCCCAAGCAACCCCCUCCGAGUUUGUGAUCAAAAUACCAAGAAUUUGAUGAUUUGGGAGUUAAUGCUAGAAUUUCCGAAUGUACGGAGUUUGUUAUUGUUUAAGGAGGAUGAUUUGGGGUUUUGGUUACUUAAACUUCUAAGAGUGUUGGAUUUGAGGAAAUUGGUGUUUCGUGUACAUUUUCCAAUGGAAGUACUUUUGCUUGUUCACUUGAGAUACUUGGCUCUUUGUACUAGAGGAGUAAAUUUCAUCCCAGCAGCAAUAGCUAACCUCUCAAGGUUACAAACUUUUCUGCUACGAGGAAACAACGCUGAUUGUUUCUUACCCAAGACUAUCUGGAACAUUAAGACAUUGAGGCAUCUAUGGACUACAAAUUCCGCUAUUGGUUUUAUGUUUCCUGUUGAAAAUCUUGAAGUAUCCCCUGGUUUAGAUCGUUUAGACACUUUAAGCCUUGCCAUUGAUCCCUCCUCUCAAAACUUGCAAAAGACACUGGCAAAGUUACCAAACAUCCGUAGGCUAAGAUGUAACAUGAGGAAAUCAAGAGAAGAAGCUACAAGAAUUGGCAAUGGGAUUCUCGGGUUUGACUGUUUGAAUCAACUAGAAUCACUUACUCUGCGUCACUUCUGCGGAUUUGGAUUGAAAUUCCCAUUAAAUUUGAAGAAGUUGACUCUCUCAUAUCAUGAGCAGCCAUGGAGUGAAAUUUCCACGAUUGGAAAGUUGUCCAGUCUUGAAGUGCUUAAAUUACUCGAUCACUCCUUCUUUGGGGGAGAAUGGGAAAUGAACGAAGGGGAGUUCCUUAACCUCCGAGUCUUGAAAUUGUCAAGGUUGCGGGACUUUCACAGCUGGACUGCAUCUUCUGAUAAUUUUCCCCGUAUUGAGAAAUUGGUUGUCGACUGGUGUCCAAACUUGGAAGAGGUGCCUUCUUGUUUAGGAGAAUGUCUGACUCUUGAAAUGAUUGACGUGAAAUGGUGUGGUGAGUCUGUUGCAAGUUCAGUGAAGCAAAUUCAACAAGACCAGAUAGAUACGGGAAAUGAAGUUCUAAAGAUCUCAAUUGAACCUUGUGGUGAUGCACGGAGUUCCAGCGAAGAAGAAGAAGAAGAAGAAGAAUCAAGUCCCCCAGAAACAGAGUUAAUCCCCUCAAAAGGAGUCUAA